AUUUGAGGUUUCCGUUGAAAUUUGCCAGCAAAAUCACAGCCCUUUUUCUUCCUGUUGCUAGCAGAGCUGCAGAAGGCAUCUCUGACUCCGAGAGAGAGAGAGAGAGAGAGAGAGAGAGAGAGAGAGAGAGAGAUGGAGGAGAGCACGCAUGUGGUGAAGCACAUUUUGCUGGCGAAGUUCAAGGAUGAGAUACCACAGCAAAGAAUCGAGCAAUUGAUUCGUGGUUACGCUGCACUGGUUCCCCUCGUCCCUUCCAUGAAGGGCUUCCAUUGGGGAAGGGAUGUAAGCAUAGAAAACCUACACCGGGGUUUCACCCAUGUAUUUGAGUCAACCUUUGAGAGCACAGAGGGCAUUGCAGAGUAUGUUUCUCACCCAGCUCAUGUUGAAUUUGCAAAUGAGUUCCUGCCAACUCUGGAGAAAUUUGUUGUCGUUGAUUACAAGCCUGCAACAGUGAAUCUUUGAAGUGAAUGGGCUUAUCUUGUGAACGAUCCAAGUAGGAAUGGUCAAAUAAAGCAGAAGUUCUUUUUGUGUCUUUUUCUUGUUGCAGGUAUGAGUUCAAGCUCUUAGAUGCGAUUUACUGUUGAAGAAAGGUUGAUCUCGUGUUUUUUGUAACAUGUGAGAGAACCAUUCUACUUAACUUGUAUAGACAUGAACACCAUUAUUAGAAUUUCAUUCUAGUCUUAUUUUCA